GUGCAGUGAGGAUGGAGCUGCAGCCUUGAGAUGACAUAUCAACAGAAGUGGUCGUAAUUUUGGACAAAAAGACAAGCAAUCAUGAGGGACAGAUUGGAUCAUCUUCAGACCAUUUCAGAGUCUAAUAGCCAGCUAGAGGAGGUGGAAUCAGACUCUUUCAGCAAUGUGGACCUGGAGGAUUUCAGCCAACAGGCAGUCAUUUAUGACAACAGUGAUGAGAUGGACUCUGUGCUCGAUGAGGCUCAAGACACUAGACGUGAGAUUCAGUUCAUCCGCCUGGAGGUGAAGCGUCUCAGGGACCAAAACACACGUAUACUUAGCGAACCGACUCGUACAACUCACGUAAAGCAGGAUGCCAAUGUCAUCGUAGGAGACAUCAAGACCCGUGGACAGGACGUUCUGGCACGUCUACAAAAAAUGGACGCCCACGCCAAAGAGCUCGAAGAGGAGCAUGGCCUCAACUCAGCUGUGGCGAGAAUCGCCCGAACACAGUACGCCACCCUAAGCAACAACUUCCGAGAUAACCGCACACUUGGACAGGAUGUGCCCCUCUGA